AUGGGAAUCACAGCGUACCUCCCGCCAAGCAGCCCUUAUUCAUUGUUUGUGUUUCCUUUCUUCCUCCCAGGAUUCAAGUGCCCUGUGUGCUCCAAGUUUGUGUCCUCAGACGACAUGGAUCUUCACCUGGUCUUGUGCUUAACCAAACCCAGAGUGACAUAUAACGAGGACGUCUUGGCCAAGGAUGCAGGGGAAUGUGCAAUCUUGGAGGAGCUGGUCCAGGGAGACACCAUCGCUCGCCUGCCCUGCCUCUGCAUCUACCACAAAGGCUGUAUCGAUGAGUGGUUUGAAGUGAACAGAUCAUGUCCGGAGCAUCCAUCAGAUUGAAGCGUUUUGCACAGGUACUCGACAAUGUGACGGAUCUCUGAAAUGAAGUUUGGAUCCACAAGACUGCUGGACACUGUGAUCAGUUUAUCUUCCCCCCCCCCCCCCACCCAGUAAUGUAGUACCACUGUGUGCCAAAUCUCAUUAAAGCAAUCUUCAGGAUACAGACUUUUUGUGUUAUGUUUGGGUUGCACAUCCUCGCUCAGUCUCAGGCCCGACAGACCCCACAGGACGUGACGGCAGGCGGGGCUCUUGUUCCUGGCCAUGGGACGCCAGAUAUCAGCUGAUUGUACACCGGGACACUGGAGGAGGUCUGUCCCCCCCCCCCCCCUCCUCCUGCAGCAUCAGUCUACCAGUGCCUUGUUGUUUCUACGCCAGCCGCAGCAGGACAGGACUGUAGCAGAGCCAGCUGGAUCCACUUGGGGGACCUUCUCAUCUCAUCUGCCAUCCUACAGUUAGAGAUGUUCCGAUACCAACAUCAAGUACCAAUCCGACACCAGCGUGUUAAAACUACUUCUAUUUAAUUAGGUUUUACAGCUGUGUACUACUAACAUCAUAUGGAUGUGUGGCAGUUUGACAGUGGCUACAUUAUCGGAUCGGUGCGUAAAUUCCAGGACUUUGCCGAUGGUUUUAGGCGACACGGAAGGCUUUUCUGACCCUGGUAUCGGGACAUCUCUUUCUACAGUCCAGGAGAGACAAGCCAGGGACAGAGAGCAGCGGAAACAUCUGUCUGCAUCUGCAGCUCGGACAUUUUCAGAACUGAAGCUGCUGCAAACAUGGUGCCAAUCAACUGUGAAUAAUGUCAAACACACACAUCAUUAGUGCUUUUUAAUCAUAUACCAUGGAAUAGAGGUAUAUCAGGAUCCUGCUCCUGAUCCUGAAAGGGUCCCUGACUCACCAGCCUGAGCCGGCAGUAUUAAGAGUUCAGCUCAGUUUAUUUGCUCGUUCUAACGAGUACUUUUUCUUGUUUCCACUAGAUCCUAUUUUGCAUUAUAACCAAAUGUUUUUUCUUGUUAUGAUGACAUAUAGCCAUGGAGGGAAGUUUCUACUUAUAACCACUUAUGUGAUAAGAAGAAACGGUUUCAAAGAGAUUCGUUGAUUUUGUGAAUAAUGGUAACAUGUUGUGAUACAACAAGAGAAGUUUGUUCUUAAAAUGGAAUAAGUCGGUGGCUAUAACAUGAAAAAUAAAAUUUUUAUAAUAUGAAUGGGAUCUCAUAACAAGAACCGUUUUGACACGAACGAGCGAUUGAGAAUUUGUUGGAGGAAGAUUCUGUUUUCAUAAAGUCUGUGAUGUAGUCUGUAAUGUAGGCUGUGUAGUAAUUCUAGUAUAUGAUUAUACGUCAACAGUUACAAAUAUGAUGAAACUGGUUCCCAUUCAGA